AUGGCGCAGCCGCGGAACGGGGCGGUGCGGCUGCCGCAGAUGAACGCGCUGGAGGUGCUGCGGGAGACGGUGCGCGUGCUGCGCGCGGACCCGCACGCCUUCACCUCCGUGCUCUUCCUCCUGCUCUGCCCGGCCUCGGGCGUCCUCCUCCUCUCCGCCGCCGCGCUCGAGGGCACGCUCGUCCUCCCCCUCGCGCGCCGCCUCCUCGCCGCCGCCGCGGAGUCGGGCCUGCCCGCCACGCACUUCCUCAGGCAGCUCGCGCACCACCUCGCCGCCACGCUCGUCGCCGCCGUCGUCUCCUUCCCGGCGCUCCUCACGCUGCUCCUCGCCGCGCGCGCCGCCGUCGCCUACGCCGUCGCCGCCGUGUACGCCGGGAAGCCCCUCCCCGCCGCCGACCUCUCCCUCCUCGCGCGCCGCGCCUGGCCGCGCCUCGCCGCCACCUACGGCCUGUCCUGCGCCGCCGUCGUCGCCUGCCUCGCCGCCUCCCUCGCGCUCCUCGUCACCGUCUGCUCCACGCUCAAGUCCCUGCUCUACCCGCCGGACGUCGUCGUCAGCGCCGGCCUCCUCACGGUCCUGGCAUUCUCCGUGGUGUACGCGCACGCCAUCAUAAUCUCCAACCUCGGCGGAGUCAUCGCCGUUCUCGAGGACGUGGCCGGGGCCAAUGCGCUGCGCCGGUCCGUGCAGCUGAUGCGCGGGCAAACCCAUGUCGGGCUGCUCAUCUUUCUUCUGUCCACCAUUGGCCUCGCCUUCGUCGAGGGGCUGUUUGAGCACAGGGUUAAGACGCUCAGCUACGGAGAUGGCACGUCAAGGCUCUGGGAGGGGCCAUUGCUUAUUCUCAUGUACUCCUUUGUGAUGCUGAUCGAUUCCAUGAUGAGCGCCGUGUUCUACUUCACUUGCCGGUCAUCAAGCUUGGAAAUUCUGGAUGAGGAAGGCGGCUCCGUUGCGGAGCUUGAGAUGAUGGUGGAUGGCAAGUCACAUGAAGUCAGGUGAUCAAGGUAGGACUAUUUGUCAAAGGUGUAUUUGUUCAUAUUCUCAGGGGAAAUAAUUGAGGCUGCUGGGCAUUGUCCUGUUUUCUCAAGAUUCAAUGGUGGCGCCAUGACUAUAUGGUUGAUUGGUUGAUGGUCAUGGCGAAUGAAAUCUUUUGCAGUCAUUUGGGGUCUUCUAAGCUCAUGCAAUGGCGCCAAUGCAAAAGAGAAGACGUGAGAAAUCUUAGGUUUGGUUUUUCUUGGUCAGUACCGACAGCGAUCUGAGAUCUGGCAAUGUGUGUAGCAUUCUUUUGAAAUCAUGUAACUAGUAUAUCGAUUCAAUCGCGAUAGAGUUUUUUUUUCCCAUCUUAACACCUUUUUGGUUAUAUACAGAAUGAAACAUAUUGUACUACUGAGAUAUUGAUUACUCUGAAACUUGAUUCUUCAAGU